CUAAUAGCAACUCAUUACUAUAAUUUGAAAGCUUAGGCUAUCAUAUCAAAAGAAGUCGUGCCCAAAAUAUCGAACAUUUUCUGCUUAAUUAAUAAUUUACAAAAUGGUAGGUUAAAAGCAAGAAAAUUUAUUGCCUUCCAAUAAGCAUGAGAUAAAUUUAGUGCAUAUCGUAUAUAAUUUAAGGCUUAUACCUCCUGUUGAUACACGAGAAAUAACCUUAUGUUAAUAUUAAGGAAGGUUACAGUAAGUCGAAAUGGAGAAAUUCUUCAUGAAUCGUAGUACGACAACUGUUAGCUUUAUUAGUUAGAGGCCUAAAAUUUGAAGUUGUACCAAAGUAAAUAUGUCUCGAGGAUAAUUGAGCAAUUAGAGCAAACAGACGAGUUGUAGUAUUUGCUCUGUUAUAUAUUAGAUUAUUGAUUAAUAUGUACUUUUCUAUUUAUACUAGCUCAAGCUCAUUCGAACACAAGAAGCUUUCUAUAAUAUAUAAAUAAUCCCAAAAUUAUCAAAGAACUUAAGACAUUUGUCCCAAAAGGUACUCUCUCCUGGGAUGCUAAAUGGAGCUAGUAAUAUAAUUAGAAGAUUAACUUAUUUAAGAAUUCAAAAAGACAAAUUCAUAAAAUUAAUUUUAAAGAUGAACCUCAACAUUCCAUUGAAUUUUAGAAAUCAAGGUUGCUUACCCAUUUGGGAUUAUACAAGCAUGGUCAUGCAACUGGAAAAGAUCUACUGCUUAUGCCCACCAUCGAAUGAAAGCUUACCACAUCUGGACAGCUUUUGUACUAAUCUUAAUCAUCUUUUGAGCUCGACCGAAGAUGUUGUCAAUUCACACUCCGAACAAAGUCCUCAAGAGAAUUCUGAGGCAAAUGAGCAAAUUAAGACUCAGCCAUCAGAGAAGCAGACUGAGAGUGAAAAUAUCCAAAGUCAAGUACAUUUUCAAAAAACCCAAGCUCAAGAGGAAGAAGCUAAAAAGAAUCAAAUAGAUAAGAGGGUAAUUUCAGCCAGAAGAAGAUGCUCGUCAAGAUUUAAUAUCAGGGCUAGACUUGUGAGAAUGAGAAACCGUAUCCUUAAGGAUCCUACUUGUCAAUUUGAGGCUUCUUCUAAGAAGUUAAGAGGAACUGAUGAUAUGAGUCUAGGAAGAAGGUCUAGAUACAUUGGAAUUUCAAGAAACAACUCCAACUGGCAGGCUCUUAUCAAUGUGAAAAAUGUCAAGAAGUACAUUGGAACUUUUGACGAUGAAAUAGAGGCAGCCAAGACCUAUGACAUAUUCGCAAUUGCUACGAGAAGAGAGAAAGCCCUUCUAAACUUCAGCUACACUGCUCAAGAGAUGUUAUCAGCCAUAGACCACUUUCUCGAACACCGAACUAUCAACACCCCUUCCUAAAUUAUCAUUCUAACAAUC